AUGCCCCUCACCAACGUGGAUGCAGUGAGCUGGGCUGGAGGACACCCCAGCCACCCCGACACUCCACCCAACAUCUAUGGGGGAGGGAUGGGGAUCCAGCAGGAGCAGUGCCCUGGUAUCCAGGGAAGCAAACCCAAGAACUUCCGGCUGCGCCACCUCCGAAGCCUCGCUUUCUACCUGCCAGGCCUCAUGUAGCCUGCUGGCCAGGGUGAGAGCCACUUGCAGGGCUGGCUCCUGGUCAGAGACUGCCUGUUAGAGCCUGAGGACUCAGCCUGGCCCCUGGAGCUGCCACAGGGGACUCUGGGUCCAGGUACCAGCCCCUGCUCAGCCUUUCUGGAAGCCAAACUGCCCAGGGACAGCCUGGGAAAUACAGCUUCCAGCUCCAGGAUGGACUCAACAAAGGGUGUCCCCUCCCAACCUGAUUGUCAUGAAGCCUUGGGGCUCUGACCCAAGAGGUCCUGGGGGACCCUGGAGGAGGUCAUGUGUCCCUUGUGCAAGAGAACCUGCUCUGGGACCUUGGAGAGGUCACAGGAAUCCCAGUACCAGGGCUGGGGACAGCGGGGGAAGGAUGGCUGAGGAGGAAGAAGUAGCAGGUCCAGAGAGGAAGGACUCAGCCCCAACAGUAAUCCUCCCCACUGGGAUGCCCCCUGCCCCUUGCAGCUGCCCAGCUCCAGACCUGGGCCAGCCUCAGGAAAGUGCAGGGAGGGCAAAGUCCUGCGGGCGGGACAGAAGAAAUGGAAACAUGGCCCUGCCCUUGCAGCCUGCCCUUGCAGCCUGCCCCAAAUCCAGUCAGCCCCUUGUAGCAGGGAGUCCAGGCCAAGUGGACAAUCAGGUUCCUGAGAAGUCAGGAAGCCUUCAGGUCUAAUCACAUUAAAAGCCAAGGCCUGCAGUUUCUUGUCCAUCUCUGUCUUCAGUCCAGUUCAGACAAGCAGCCCAAGUCAACUUCAGAGCACCCCUGCCCUAAGCUGGGGUGCCUGAGAGUCACAAGCCAGGUCAGAGGCAUUCUUGGAAGUGGGGUUGCUGAGGUGGCUCUACAAGGUAGGUAGGGUCUCACAGGCCUAAAUGUGCCAGGGAGAACAGAGACAGAAACUUUGGCCUGGAUCCUGUACCGCCCCUACUGAGGGCUUGGUUCGACCUGAAGUUGAAAGACUGACCUUAGAAGGAAGAACACUGACAGCAGGGUUUUGGAAACCAUCCAAGGGUAGCAAGGGCUGGGGCACAUGUGAAUGGAACAUAGCUGGCCAGUGGGUCACCCAGCGUUUCAGUAGGUGAAAGAGGGCAGCUGCUUCUGCCCUAUCCAAAAUGCACUCCCUUGGGCCUGAGACCACUACCCAAGAUAAGACAUUAAGGAGGCUGCUAAGGAGAAACAGAGGGGCUGGCUGCUUGUCACCCAGGGAGGCCUGGGUAGGGCUGCUAUCAGGGGCACUGGGCAGAAGUGAGAUAUCCCAGAAGCCAGCCAUACAACCCAAGGGGAAACCAAGGGAUCCUGAUCCCCUCUUCUGAACAUAGUAGAGGUUCAGGAGCAGACUGUCCCAGAAUCCAAACUUUGGGACAUGCAGGCCAUGGUCGGUCAGUGGCCACUUAGGAGACCCCUUGGUGAGCCAUGUGUCCCCAUGUUCUGGCCCUUGUGCAGUCUCUCUGGGUCUUUACCAGUAAAAUGUGGCAGAAGGAACAUGAUGUCACUUUUGGGUGGGAGGCCUGGAGGUUUCUAAAGUUGCUAUUGGGGAGGGUCAGUGGUCACAUGAGGAAUCAGUUGUCCCAACUGCCCUACAGUGGGAAACCAACCAAGCCCAGGGAGGACAUAGUCAUGGCCCAGCUCACCGUGGGCAGUUCAGGUAUAGAUCCUUCAGCUCUGACAGAACUGUAAUGACACAGCUGCUGGUUAGACUGUUGUUUGGCGAUAUCCUGUAGCCAUGUUCUAGGCUUGCUCCCCCAGUAAAGUCACUUGCAGCUGCCUCAUGCUGGUCCCAGAGGAAAUUACCCUCUAGAUAGUUCCUUUCUAAAGCCUGCACAAGUUUUCUUGAAAAGCACUACAGAUAGACCAAGAAGCAGAAAAGCAACUGUCAUGGCAUGCUGGCAAUUGGUCAAUGUGGAGGAACACCCCAGGGGCUCCCAGAUACUCAUGGAAAUGGGCCUUAGAACACCCUUGUCUAUGAUCCUCCAAAUGCUAGUGGGUUGGGAGCUUAGUGAGCUGGAGUCAGUCCUGCCCCUAAGGAGACUGUCCUAGAAGUAUGAGGACUUGUGUGGACUGCUGUAAUGUCCAAUGAGCUGGACCCUGCACGUAAUCUGGAGCAGUGUGCAUGGAAACCGAGGAGACUGAGCCUUCCUGGUAAGGGGCACACAGUCAAUCAUCGGGGGUUCUUAGGAAGUUUCCCUUCAGCUUGGGGCAGAGCUAGCUUCCUUUAAGCUGGUCUGUCCAAAUUCCUGGGGAAGCUGUGAGGUGACUGCACUUCCUUUUUGCCCAAAUAGGGCUCAGUGUUUUCUGGCCCAGCUGUGGUGGUGGGGCUUUGGUGAGAGGCCAGGAGCAGUAGUUACCAUGAGGUCACCAAAGCAGGGUGGCUGAGGUGCCCAACAGGCUGGGGAAGCCACAGCUGCCUUGGGUGGAGCCGCUCAGUGCCACUCUGCCUAAGCACAUGGACAUUUGUUCUCACAACAGACCAAGGGCCCUCAGGAGUCAUCCCCUCAAUUCCAAUGCUGACCCCUUCAAGGGUGACAUUUAUUCUUGCCUAAAGACCCCAGGCUGUGUGACUCAAAAGCACAGUACUCCUACCAGGACAAGCCCAGCAGGACUAUCUGGUUCUAUCCGCCUGUGUCACUUUCAGCUGUCUGGCCUCAGAGGACAUCAGGGUGACUUCUACUGGCAGUGACACCAGCCUCUGCCCUGACUACGGUUAGGUGCCUCGAACUCUCCCCAGAGGGCCCCUGAGUGGGUAUGGGGGCACAUCCCUGCCACUGGUUGAGUCUACCCAUAUGACAGGGUAGCACACAUGGUUCUAGCAUUAUGGUGGUAAAGCAGCAGCAGCAUCCACUGAUAGCUCCAAGAUACACACCAAGGUCAAUCAGAGUGUGGCUACCUGAGGUGGUAGAGACACUGACCAGUGGAAUACAACCUGAACAGGAUAGCAAGCAGGUGACAUACACAACUGGAAGAAGGUAAAGCCACCCUCCAACUGUGGCACUGUUCCCAGUGCAGGUCUGUGGUGACAGUAGGAGCUUCUCUUUCAUGGGAGUCAUAGUGUGGCUCCCACUCAGGUUUGGAGACUAAGCCAUUCUAUAAAAUGCACAAAGUAUUCAUGGGGAGAGGGUAAGGGGCAGCCACAGCUGCCCACUUGUCCCAGAUGCCACAGUCCACAGUGCCAAACCACAUAGUCCCACCACCUGGGACACAGUCCAGUCUGAGACAGUAGGAAAGAAAAUACUUCCUGGUUCCUGGACUGUUCUCAGGUCUGGAGUCUGAGCCAUUCUCAGGACCAAGUUGGAGAUAGAAGUGGUAGGUGACAAAUCAAUCUUAGCUCAGGCUUCUGCCUCCCUGGUACUGGGCACAUGUAGGCUUCAUAGGGACUCUUGUCACAAACUGUAGUUCUUGGUAAUUUCCCAGCCUGAGUCAGUUCUCACCUUUCUACUGUGGAUGCAAACAUGGCACCUCCCCACAGGUGGCCAGGUUUACACUGGAGGGUGGUGGAAGCUCCUGGCUUGUGGUUGGCUGGCCGAGGGCCCUCGGUGGCUAUGAGGCUGAACUGCCUUUGGAGCCUUCUCUAAGCCAGGCCAGAGCCCACCUGGACCAGGCCCAAGCUUGAGGUCAAGAGCCAAGGAGCCAGCUUAACCUGAGGGCAGGUGGUGAGAAACUUUCAAAUCUAGGAUCAGCCACUUGUGGCUUUCAGCUCUGGAGGCCCUUUCCCAGGUUCUCAUUACUCAGGAGGGUUAAUUACAGAGUGGUCCCCCAGCUGGCAGAAGCCAUCUUUCAGGAUACCACCAAGCAGCAGCUCCUGAGUCCUCAGCAACAGCCUGGGGUGGGGCCAAGGGUCUCCAGCACAGUGAGUUAGGUGCUGGAGACAGGACGAGACCAGUUACAGUCUAUUUAUUUAUGAUGAGACAAAACACUACAAUCUAUUCAAUACUGGGCU